AUGGAGAUGAAGAUGGCCGUCGGCGCGGCCAACUGGCUCGUCGGCAAGGUGCUGACCAAGCUGUCCGACGAGCUGGUGUCCGCCUACAUGGACAGCUCCGAGCUCGGCAGCAACUUCCUGAACGCCAAGCACCAGCUGCAGUACACCCAGGGGCUGCUGUCCGCGUCCGUGGGCAGGGACGUGAGCGACGACCCCGGCCUGCACGGACUGCUGGGGGAACUGAGCAACAAGGCCGACGAGGCCGAGGACGUGCUCGAUGAGCUCCACUACUUCAUGAUCCAGGUGGGUUGUUUGCAUAUGCAUCGAUCUGUAGUAACUGUAGUAGUCCUGUAGAGAGAUCUGGGCGCCGUUGUCUAAAAUGCUUCAUGAUUCACCCAUCCAGGACGAGAUCGAUGGCACCAAGGAGGCUGCUGUGGAGGUGGGCGGCGGCAUCAAGGGUCACUCCAUCCAUGGACGCCAUGUUGCUCGCUACACCCUCGGCAACUGCCUUCCAUGCUUUUCAUCUCCGCGCACUCUAGGUGAUGAUCAUCCUCCUGCCGUUGCUGCUGCGGAGGUGGGCAGCAGCAGCCAUGUUUCUCGCU